AUGGGCGAGCCCUGUGAGCGCGGUGCCUGCUCGCCGGCCGCCGGCAUGAAGGAGGGAGCGGACUGGGAGUCCUGGGACGUGCCGCUGGGUUUCCUGGAGGGCGCCCAGAUGGACAACAGGAGCAACAUGUCCUUGCUGCAGCUCUUUAAGACCAUCAACCUGGAGCGAGCCGACGGGAUGCAGGGGGACAGCUCCAACGUGGUGCGGAUUGUCAUCUCGCUGGUGUACUCCGUGGUGUGCGCCCUGGGGCUGGUGGGCAACCUGCUGGUGCUCUACCUGAUGAAAAGCAAACAAGGCUGGAGAAAGUCCUCCAUCAACCUCUUUGUGACCAGCCUGGCAGUGACUGACUUCCAGUUUGUGCUGACCUUGCCAUUCUGGGCGGUGGAGAAUGCGCUGGACUUCAACUGGCUCUUCGGCAAGGCAAUGUGUAAGAUUGUUUCAUAUGUGACAGCCAUGAAUAUGUAUGCCAGUGUCUUCUUUCUCACCGCCAUGAGUAUGGCUCCCAUAGCCUCAGCCUUGAAGAAUCAGCGACGAGGUGACCCCCUGGGUGGCUGCUGCUCUGCCAAGUGGCUUUGUGCGCUCAUCUGGCUGUUAGCUAUCCUGGUUUCCCUGCCCCAUGCCAUUUUUUCCACCACUGCCACCGUCUUUGAUGAUGUGCUCUGCCUCGUGAAGUUCCCUGAGAGCCGAGGCAGCAAUGCCCAGUUCUGGCUGGGUCUGUACCACAUCCAGAAGGUGCUGCUGGGUUUCGUGGUGCCACUGGCCAUCAUCAGCCUCUGCUACUUGCUCCUAGUGCGCUUUAUCAGUGACAAGCACGUCGGCAGCACCUGCAGCGGCCCCAGCACCAAGCGCCGCUCCAAAGUGACUAAGUCGGUGUCCAUCGUGGUACUGUCUUUCUUCUUGUGCUGGCUGCCUAACCAAGCGCUCACGACCUGGGGCAUCCUCAUCAAACUCAACGUGGUGCACUUCAGUACUGAGUACUUCCUCUCCCAAGUGUACCUCUUCCCCAUCAGCGUGUGCCUGGCACACUCCAACAGCUGCCUCAAUCCCAUCCUCUACUGCCUCAUGCGCAGGGAGUUCCGCAAGGCACUGAAGAGCCUCCUCUGGAGGAUCACCUCACCUUCCCUCACCACCAUGCGCCCUUUCACCGACACCACCAAGCCCGAGCAGGAGGAGCAGGCCCUGCACGCCUUGGUGCCUGUCCACCCUGUCAACGCUUCUUCCCCUGCUGCAACCGUCCAGCCGGAGGUGGCCUACUACCCCCCCGGGGUGGUGAUGUACAGCAGCCGCUGUGACCUGCUGCCCGCUAGCUCCACGGAGCAGCGCUGCUGA